GGGAAAAAAUGCCAUGCGCGCCCAUUUCUUUGGGUUCUCUGUCCAAUUCUCUCUUCUGCUUCAGACAUUCUUUCAUUUUCCAUUCCACAUUAGCCAGAAUAAUGGGUAGUCUCGAAAAACACUCAGAAACCCCUUCCUCUGGACUGUCACGUGUUUCAGAAACUAUAAAAAAAUUCGGUGGUGCUGGUAGUUUCCAGCCUACAGACUACGUAGGCAAAACGGUUUCUGCUAAAGCAAAGAAAUUCGAAAGAAUUGCAAAGGGACAAAAAGGAUACGUGGAACAAAGAGAAGAAGAACGUAGAGCGAAAGAGCAAAAGGAGAAAAUGUUGCAAGAAACCAAAACCACCAGUAUCCAGGAUAAGCUGGAAAAGUUUGGAGGUGCCGUGAAAAGAGACAAUUUGGAAACAGCGGAGGAAAAGAUACCCAAAAUAGAAGAAAAAACAAUUCCCACUGUAAAAGAAUUAACUAAAAAGUUUAGCAACACAACAGUUAAGAGUCAAUAAACAAAUGGAUUCAGAUGUUUUCCGUAUAUCCUUUUUUGUUUCAUAUGAUGCAAUUUCCAUUUGGGA